CACCGUUAGCAGUAGAGAAGUCAACUGCUGCUGGUGCUGCAGGCUGCUCUGGUGCAGCAGCAACUGGCCCAGUCUCUCCUAUGCGCAGAGGAGCUCCGUACAACCACGCUGCAGCUGUUGCUGGAGGGAAGCAGCAGCAGAGUAGACAGCAGCCUUUGCAGCAACAGCAGCAGCAGCACAUGCUUCAGGCGCAUCAGCCGCAGCAGCAGCAGCAGCCGAGGUCGCAGCAGCAGACACAGCAGCAACCCAAACAGCAGAAGCAAUCGAAGCAGCAGCAUCAGAAACAACAGCAGCAGCAGCACCAGCAUAAGCAACAGCAGCAGACCUCCCAACAGCAGCAGCAGCAGUAUCCAUCCGAACAACAACAGCAGCACGUGCAGCAGAAACAGCCAGGAGAGGUACGGAAGCAAACUCUUACGGAAAGAAAAGAAGCACCAGGACAACGGCUGAAGCAGAUGAAACGGGUGGCGGAGGAAGCAGAGGAGGAGGGGGACCGGCAGCAGCAGCACCAGAA